AUGUCGGUUGUAUACAUUCAAGAUGCCGCUGGUAAAAAAAUUACUGUGCAAGAUGUGGAUGGAAGACUCUAUCCUAGCUUUAAUCCGGAUGUCAUCAGAGGGGUGUCAUCAUUAAAACUUAGAGAUGAUGACGUCAUACUAUGUUCUUUUCCAAAAUCAGGAACACAUUGGUCCUUUGAGAUUUGUGAAGUGGGCGAUUGGAAGAAUUGGUUUACUGUAGCACAAAAUGAAUGGUUUGAUCAACUCUACAGGGAGAAAAUGGCUGACUCGAAACUGAAAUUCAAAUUUACAUUAAAUGAAGAUUAA